AUGAAGCGACUAGCCCUACACCGCACUCCCAGGGAGGCCAACUCUGGAACCAACCCAGGCCUUGUGAAUUCCAAAGCUCAUGCCCCCGAACUACCACACUCGCGUCUCCCCCGGAGGGCGGGACCCUACACCCCUGGGCAGAACGUGAGUCCCGGGGACCGGGGAAGAGACCGUCUGGACGGCGGCCGGCUCCCGCCCCGCAGCCCGGCCGGACAGGCCUCGCCGCGGAACCCCGCUCACGGGCGGGUGCUCGGGCGGCUCGCGUUAGGCCGCGCCUCGGGGGCCCUCGCCCCUCAGAGGCCCCGGGGCCGCCAGGCUUGGGCCCCAGCCCUGGGACGCCGCGAGGUUAGGCGAGACCCGUCCGCGCAGGCAAAGACCUCGCCCAAGGGCACCGCCCGAAGCACGGCCCGCAUUCCGCUCUCGCCCAGAGGCGCGGUCUUUGCUUCCCAGCGCUCGGAAGUGUCAGGAGCGCGGCAUCCCUCCCUCAGCGGGGUCCCGAGAGGCCACCCUGCUAGGCCAUGCACGCCCCGGGUCUCACCUCUUGGGGAUACGGGUACGGAGAAGGGAAUCUCAGCUGCGGACUGGAGCCGGCACUACCCACCCCUGCUACCGCUCCGCCUCACAUUCAAACCCCGGCAAAAUGGCGCGGCGGCGAGGCUGCGGCCCGGGCGCAUGCACAAAGAUCUUCCUCCAGUCCUGUUGAGAACAACCGUAAUGAUUUAA